AUGUCUUCAAUCAACAUUUCAGAAAUUGCACCUUUUUUGGUCUUCGCGUUAAUAAUGAUGCUCGCUGAGAAGAUCCCUGUUCACCUGAUUUUAGCUGGCAUGUGCUUCGCUAUAUAUGUCAUCAGACAACAACUCACUGCGGAUCUCAAUGCACGUGUGGAAACCAUUAAUAACAUCACCGUCAAUUAUGAAUCUCUUCGUGAUCAGUUGGACCAUGUAACUGAGACGGGUUCCAUAGCCCCAUUAAGAUCUGCACAAUUUGCUGGCUCAUCUAUACCUUCUAUUUCAAAAAGAUCGCUGGAAGAAAUCGCAUCAGAAAAUGGUGAGCUAUCAUCCAAGGCACAGGAGAUGCUCCGUAAUUUUUAUAUGAUGAUAAAUAAUUCGAGUGUGGAACGGUAUUGGACCUCAACUCAAGUAAACGAGGCGCGAAAAGGCUCGUUCAAUGGAAGUGAUCAAAAUAUUGCUAUGGAGCAUGAUACCGCAAUCAAUUCUUUCCGAACCCAAAUUCAGGAACGUUUUAAUAAGCAUCAUUUGUCUUCCGAAGAAGUAUCGAAAAGAGAUGCAUUUUUUUAUCCAGAAUUAUUUAAUGUUACUGCUAGUAUUAUUCUUAUGGAUCUAGACGACGAAAUCGAUAAAUUCUGGUUGAGUCCCAGCGAACAACCGAAUCGAUUUGCAAAAAUCGGAUGA